AUGACUGUCGGCUUAGAACGUUCGUCGUGCGGGCUAUCCGUGAUUGCAGUGUAUCUAUCAAUUGUGUUCCUGUUCAGCUUAGCUGAAGCUCGAACACCCGCGAUUUCUAACAACGUUAGCAGCUACUUUGCAAUUGAUUUAGAAGAUGGCACUAUGACCACGCCGCAGCUUAUCAAAAAAUAUGGAUAUCAAGUUGAAAAUCAUGAAGCAACGAGUGCAGAUGGUUACAUCAUUUCGUUAACACGCAUUCCACCGAGCAAACCGAAACACCGUCACCCAUAUCCGAUAUUGCUCGUUCAUGGUUUACUCGGUAGUUCGGGCGAUUACUUGGUCAUUGGUCCGAACAAUAGUAUCGCGUAUUUGCUGGCCGACCGCGGAUAUGACGUGUGGUUAGCAGAUAUGCGAGGUAACCGGUACUCCCAGAAGCAUGUGCGGCUUACGACCGGCUCACCGGAUUAUUGGGACUUUAGCUGGCACGAGAUGGGUUACUAUGACCUGCCGGCCAUCAUCGAGUACAUACUGCGCCAAACCGCCGCCCAGAAGCUCAUUUACAUUGGUCACUCCCAAGGAACCACCGUAUUCUUUGUAAUGGCAUCCGCUCGGCCAGAAUAUAACGACAAGAUCGCCCGCAUGUACGCGCUUUCUCCCGCUGUUUGCCUUAAGCGACUCCGUAGUCCUGUGACCCGAUGGUUGAUCGAGCACGCCAAUCGUCUGAAGGAGCUGUUUGACAUGUUCGGUGUGCAACAGUUUCUCCCGCACAGUGCCCUCACCUACCAGCUUUCUAGCAUUAUCUGUCCGAUGAGCGACGAAAACAACAUCUGCAUGCAGAUUGUUAGCCAGAUGGUUGGUCCAAACCCCAAAAUGGUGGACAUGAUGGCCAUGCAUAUAAUCACCGGACAUGAUCCGGCCGGUGCAUCGGUGAAACAGAUGCUACACUUUGCUCAAAUACAACGCUCGGGACAAUUUCGACAGUAUGAUUAUGGGCGGCGCAAUAACACCGUUCGGUACAGCCACUGGAAACCUCCGGCCUACAAUCUGUCGGCGAUAACGGCACCGAUUACCAUCUUCUACGCUCUGAACGAUUGGUUGGUCGAUCCAAGGGAUGUGCUACGGUUCGCGAGACUGCUACCAAACAAACCGCUGAUUAAUCUGGUCGAGGACGAGAACUUCAAUCAUCUCGAUUUUGUCACCGCUAAAAACGCACGAUCACUAGUGUACGAGCCUAUACUGAGCGAUCUCCAGGAAUUAGACGAGGCAGCUUUCAGGGAAAGUGCGUAAAGCAUCAGAUGAUAGUGUAAUUCCGUAUCACUGUUAGCAUUAGUUGAUGUGCCUGCGGCUAAACCUUGUUCUUGCCAUGACAAACUUUGUUCCAAAGAGUGCUUUCAAAGUGGUGUGUUAUGUGAUAUCAUUACGCGAGAAAAUUGUGAUUGUUGUAUAUGGGGAUAACUAUUAAUCAGUGAUCCAUGAAAAUCAUUCUGGAGCGAUUUAUGAUAUUGAAACAUCAUUAUAGGAGGAGUGAGGUUCCUUACCUCAUCAUUUCAGUUCGCAGUGUCAUGCAGUUUAUCGGUAACUCUUCUAAGAAUGCGCACAACAUUUCAUCACCUAGAACACCCCUGCUUAUUAACCGUUAUGACACUACUUUUGAACCGGCGUAUGCAGUUCCUGUGAAUAAUAGCAAUUAAAUAAUCAUCUCCGUUGACUGUGGGUGUGCUGUAAUCGAUCAACUACGUUUAGCAGUAGCCAACGAGUGUCUGCCGCGUUGCACAAUAUUAGCAUUCGCACGAUAAGAUUAGAGCGGAGAUAAUAGAUCGGUGCGAUUAGUCGGCUAGGAAUGUUGGGAAUGCAUUAAUGCUUCCAAUCGUUCCAUACUCGACAAACUCGGAGAACGAGAACUUCUAGUUUAUGUAACACGGAGCACGUGAACCGGAUUCUACCAAGUGAAAAGUGAUGAGUGCCAGCAAUCAUAAGUUUAGCUAAUUUAUUAACAACAAUAUCAAAAAGUUCCGAUUAUGAAAAUGCUCUUAUUAUUAAAUUAUUUGAAAGUGACAACAUAAAUUGUAUUUAUUAUUAAAUAACAUAGAUUAUACGUCGCACCUUACUCCAACCCGUGGGCACAAAUUCAUUUAAGUUCUAUUCCACGCUCUGUACGCUCGUUGAAAAGAUACACUAGUGUCAAGGUAAAGGACAAAUGAUCUUGCACGCUCGUUCACCUUGACAAUGGCCGCGUAAAAUGCAUGCCGCUGCUCAACUGCAAGUGUCGGAACACCAGAAGACAAGUGAUCUCAGUACCACUCGGUGGUCAGUAAUGGAUGUGGGAGCUUGUUGUAAUCAAUAGCUCAGUACCACAGAAUAAGGCUCACUAGAUUUUAUUUAGUUCUUGCAAUGUUAUCAGUGCCAGCAGCAUCUUUUACGAUCAAAGGGAAAGACGAUGCAUUCAUAAUAGUGAGGUCUAUAGGAGAAACAAAAGCGGCCCAAGUGCUCGCUCGUGGCUUGUGCACCCUUUCGGUCUAACAGACCACUAUUUAAACUAAUUGAAAACUGUGGAUAGGUAUUUUCUCUUCAAAAUACGCUAGUUCUGCCGAUUUUCUAACUAUCAAACCAAACAACAGUACCUGAUCAAAGGAAUGACGUGGUAGUUGGUGCUAUUGUGAUGAUCGUGCAAAAAAACGAUUAAAUAUCGUGAAUGUUAUACACACAUUCACAAGGAACGUUAUUGAAUAAUAGCAAACUGCAGAUUUAACCGGUGCUAAAAACAUUCCAGCUGAAAGUCCCUCUUUCAAAUCUAACAAAUGAAACAAAUGCUGUUAAAAAAUGA